UGCCCCGCGGUCCGGCCGCCAGAUAUAAAGGGCUGCCCUGACACGCUGGCUCAGAGCGCGCGGAGGACAGAGGUGGCUGUACAGUUCUGAAAAAGUCUCGGUUUCGCUUCCCGUCUGGCCAAGAUGUGCGACAAACCGGAUCUGUCGGAGGUGGAGAAGUUCGACAAGAAGAAGCUGAAAAAAACCAACACGGAAGAGAAGAACACGCUGCCGUCCAAGGAGACCAUUGAACAGGAAAAAGAGACUGCCAAGUCCUCAUAGACCGACGGCACGAAGCUCUGACGAUGUUUCUCCGGUUGUUUCCCUAAAACAACGUAUAUAUAAACUUGCAUCUCAAGAAAUGCUGAAGCAGCUCUUCUGCGGCUGCUACCUCUUUGGGCCUUUCUCUCCCCCCAAUGCCCCCACUUUUUCAGGGCGUGGCCAAUGCCCUCUUCUUUCCACCACAGAAGGAAAAAAAAAAUAAUGCCCAGGAAAAAUUCUGGGGCUUGCCCAGUGUGUGAUUGCUUUCCUUGUCCCGAUGGGGUGAUUUCAUCAGUUCAAUCCUAAUUUGUAAAAAAUUUGGCCCGCGAUUGUUUAUUGCGACUUUACUUUGAUUUCCAAGAAAUGGAAAAGAAAAUUCUUAUUAAAAUUUUAAACAUGAAUUACCUCA